GGUUUUACUUCAAGAUUUAUACAAUUCUUAGGAAAGAUAGUAUCAUCCAAUUAAUUUAAAGCUUAGGGGUACUUUGUCUAGUUGAAUUUUAAGUUUUUAUAGAAAUAAUAGAAUUGAGAUAACAUCGUAUUGCUUUUCUUCUUAUUUUGUGUUAUUUUCAUUUUCAAUAUAAUAAAUUUUAAUUUUUUGAUUUAGAGUUUUUUUUUUAUCAUAGGAAGAUGAUAUGGAGAUUCGAACUUUAGACCUUUACCCGAGCCGCGCAGGGCUUUUCCAUUUCAAAAUAUACGAGCGAUCUCACUUUUUUUUUUAAUAAUUAUUUUUUGAGUUGAAUUAAGUUUAUUUUUAAAUUUCAGUACAAGAUUAUUAAAUUUUUCAAGAAAAAUAGUAUAAUCAAGUUAAAUUAGCUAAAAUUUAAGUGUUCAUAGAAGUAAUAAAGUCGAGAUGAUUGAUUUUGUACCGAUCGGACUGCAUUUCUUCUUAUUUAUGUUAUUUUCAAUUUGAAUGCAAUAGGUUUCAACUUUCUGAUUGGUUGCGCUUUUCUGAUGUUCCAAUUGAUGGUUACGGGGACAAAAAGUCGGUUUAACUGCAAGAAAGAGAAAGGGUAAAAUGAAUGUGCAAAAUGUCUCAAUGUAAACAACUCAUUUUGUUCCCGCUUUUUUUUUUUUUUUUUUCUUUCCUUUCUUUCUUUCUUUCUUUCUUUUUUCUCCUUUCCUGCUUUCUUUUGACUUUAUCAGCAAAACAAAAAGUUAAAGGACGAAAGCUGAGCCUUUUUUUAAGCUUAGCCAUAGUAAUGGCCAAAACCCAAAAACCAGCAAUAAGUAACGUAGGCAAUAGAGACAGUUCUUUCACUUUUCUUUUCUCUUUUGUAGUAUAACAGAAUGAUUUGAUUUGGGUAUAUAAUAAAUCUGAUUGAAAAAUCACAAUCACAGCAAGAAAAAAAAGAAAAUGAAAGGAAAAGAAAGGGGGUAGUAUGACCCACAAAGGGAGAAAGCAGGGGAGGCCCAUUGCCUUUGGACAGUUGCAAUCUAUUGUUUUUGUAGAUCACUUGUGUUUGGCAAAAAUGGCCAAAGAAGAAGUUCAACUGCAGCAAUAUCUCCGACUGUGUCCCUUUCUCUCUCUUCAUUUCUUUCCCUUAACCCCACUUCCUUUCUCUCCUUUCUCCUACAUUCACAUUCUAGUUUUCCUUUCUCUGCUUUCGUUCUUGAGUUUUUCUUCACUUCCAUGGAGAAACAGCAGCAGCAACAGCUGUCAUUAGCUAAGUGUUCCAGGCAGAGAUGCAAUGAAUGGAUUUUUCGAGAUGUCCCAAGUGAUAUUACAAUAGAAGUGAGUGGAGGGACUUUUGCGUUACAUAAGUUCCCUCUAGUCUCUCGCAGCGGAAGAAUACGAAAGUUGGUAGCAGAACAUAGAGAUGCUGAUAUCUCAAGGGUGGAGCUUCUUAAUCUGCCGGGAGGACCAGAGACAUUUGAGUUGGCUGCAAAAUUCUGUUAUGGAAUUAACUUUGAAAUUACAUCUACAAAUGUUGCUCAACUGUGUUGUGUUUCUGAUUAUCUUGAAAUGACUGAAGAGUUUUCUAAAGACAAUCUUGGUUCUCGUGCCGAAGAAUACGUGGAGAGUAUAGUUUGCAAGAACCUUGAGAUGUGUGUUGAAGUUUUGCAGCAGUGUGAGAAUCUGCUCCCUCUUGCUGAUGAGCUGAAAAUUGUUAGCCGUUGCAUAGAUGCAAUCGCUUCAAAGGCUUGUGCAGAACAAAUUGCGUCGAGCUUUUCCCGUUUAGAGUAUAGCAGCUCUGGGAGACUUCACAUGAACAAGCAAGCCAAAUGUGAGGGUGACUGGUGGAUAGAAGAUCUCUCUAUUCUUCGGAUUGACCUGUAUCAAAGAGUCAUGACAGCCAUGAAAUGUCGUGGGGUUCGUCCUGAGAGUAUUGGAGCGUCACUUGUGAAUUAUGCUCAGAAGGAAUUGACAAAGAAAUCCAGCUUAUGGAACCCAUCUAGUGGGACAAAAGUUGAUCUGGUUUCAACAGGGCAUGAGAGGCUUGUGGUCGAGACAAUUGCUAACCUCUUGCCAGUUGAGAAACUUGCUGUUCCAAUCAGCUUCUUGUUUGGUCUUUUGCGAAGUGCAGUGAUGCUUGAUUGCACCAUUGCUUGUAGACUUGAUCUAGAGAGGCGAAUUGGUUCGCAGUUGGAUAUUGCAACUCUCGAUGAUCUUCUGAUCCCAUCCUUUCGGCAUGCAGGAGAUACCUUGUUUGAUGUUGACACAGUUCAUAGGAUCUUGGUAAAUUUCUCACAGCAAGAUGAUAGUGAAGAUGACAUGGAAGAUGCUUCUGUUUUUGAAUCUGAUAGUCCUCAUUCACCAUCUCAAACUGCAUUGUUUAAAGUGGCAAAAUUAGUGGACAAUUAUCUUGCUGAAAUUGCUCCUGAUGCCAACCUCAAGCUUUCCAAGUUCAUGGUCAUUGCAGAGACUUUACCAUCGCAUGCACGUACUAUACACGACGGACUAUAUCGAGCAAUCGACAUUUAUCUAAAAGCUCAUCAGGGUUUAUCAGAUUCUGACAGGAAGAAGCUAUGCAAGCUGAUCGAUUUCCAAAAGCUCUCACAAGAAGCUGGGGCACAUGCUGCACAGAAUGAACGCCUCCCCCUCCAAGCUAUUGUUCAAGUUCUCUAUUUUGAACAAAUAAGACUACGAAACGCACUAUGCUGCCCCUAUGGUGAUGAAGACCACAAACCAAUGCAUCAGUCAUGGAGGAUCAGCAGUGGUGCACUCAGUGCAGCAAUGUCUCCACGGGACAACUAUGCAUCACUGAGGCGAGAAAACCGAGAGUUGAAACUUGAGUUAGCUCGAUUAAGAAUGAGAUUAAAUGAUCUAGAGAAAGAACAUGUUUGUAUGAAGAGAGAGAUGCAAAAGUCUCAUUCUCGAAAAUUCAUGAGUUCUUUCUCAAAGAAAAUUGGUAAACUGAGCUUCUUUGGGCAUAGUUCUUCUAGGGGAUCAAGUUCUCCCUCGAAGAAUUCUCAUAGAACAGAUUCUAGAGUGAUUGAACGAACAUGUGCCAGCACUGAUUAGGCAAUUCAAGCUAUCCCAGAUUUUUUUUGAUCAGCAACUACGAGCCAUGAUCUUGUUGACUUCUAAAAAUGUUUCCUUUAGGCCCCUUUUACAUGAUAUAUGAUGGUUGUUUAGCACCAGUAGGGGGUUCUUGUUUGUGAGUCAUGGCCUUUUGGAGAGUACAACUUUGAUAUAAUUUGAAAUGUUAUAUGUAAGAUUUGUUUUGAAUCUUGUAUAUAUGAAAGAAUUGUUAGUUUUA